CGACGUCAACAGUGAUCGGCAACGCCUUAAUCGCCACCUAAAAGUUGAGUUUUUAUUGUUCAGAAAAUGAAUUUAAAUUUAAAUAUAAUUGCGGCGGUAUGUGAAGGGAUGGGUAUUGGUGUGAAAGGGUCGUUACCAUGGAAACUAAAGAGUGAAAUGGCCUUCUUUACAUCUAUGACUACGAACACGAAGGAUCCAAAUAAGAAAAACGUUGUUAUAAUGGGACGAAGGACAUGGGAAUGUAUUCCACCUAAGUACAGACCGUUGAAAGAUCGAAUAAAUGUAGUUUUAACGUCACAGAAUCUAGAUUACGGGGACAAUGCUAUAAUAUGUAAAAGUAUGCCACAUGCUUUGGAAAUUCUUCAAAAACCUCCAUUGAGCAAUGGAAUCGAAACUAUUUGGGUAAUAGGAGGAAAUUUGGUAUACAAAAGUGCAAUGGAAUCUCCAAACUUUCACCGGUUGUAUUUAACACGAAUAAAAAAGUAUUUUGAUUGUGAUACAUUCUUUCCAGCUAUUCCUAAUAAUUUUACCUUAAUGCAAGACCCAAACAUUCCGCACGGUGUACAAGAAGAAAAUGGUGUACAGUUUAUAUAUGAAGUAUACAAAAAAGAAUAAAUUUUUGUA